AUGCGAUCCUUACACUUCUUCACGCUCUCGAUCAGCGGUGUGCUACUCAUCAUUGCUGGACUGUCCUCAGGACUCGGGCGCCCGGUGCCUGGCGCAGACUCAGUCGAGUACGAGACUCUCAAGGAACAGCUAAGCAAACAUUCCGCUGACGACAAAUAUAAAGAAGAACGGGCGUUUUUUCUCGAAAGAAUAGUUGGUGUGCUGCGGAAUAUACUCAAGUCGGUCCAAACUAAUGUUGAUGAAAUCCUACCACAUUCGUUGCAUCCGAACACGAUCGAGUAUCGCGAGUGGAAAGAGACAGCCGAACCGAUGAUAUCCGCCUACGUUCAAAAGUAUCCAGACAGACACGCUCGCAGUCUCAUCGUGCGCAAGAAAUGGCUAGUGGACACUUUGUAUGCAGAUCCACGUUUCAUGUCGAUUAUUACCAGUCAUGAAGCGAUGAUGAAACAGUACCCGUUUGCAGAGCAAUUUUUGUCGCUGCAAGAGAAACAUGGCGAAGUAAACGCAGCGCUUCUUAUCUUCCUGAGCAGUCGUAAUCUACCCGAAGAUAAGGUGUGGCAAGAUCUCAAACUGGCACAGUACGACUACUGGAUUUUAAACCGACAAAAUCCUGAAGACGUACUAGUGGGUGCUGCGAAACAUGGCGGUGGAAUCGGCCUCGUCGCAGAAGAUAUGGUACUCGACUACGAAAAGUACAUUCUGCACGUGCUAAAACUUCUUUAA